AUGGAGAUAUCUGAAUCUUUGAACAAGAACUUCUGGCAAAAGGCCUUCCAGGGCCCUAGCCAAAACGUCUCGUGUGUACGACAUGCAGUUAUGGCUCUUGGCGCCGUCCAUUGGCAAUUCACAACAUGCGACCACGACAAGCCAUCAAGUCUUGAAGCUUUUACCCUGUCGCACUACAAUGAUGCCAUAUCUGGUCUGAUACACGGAAGAGGCACUGCGAACGAUUCCCCAUCCGAUCUAGUCACUAUCCUGACAUGUUGCGUCUUGUUUGCCAUUCUCGAGAGCCUACGCGGCAACUUCAGUGAAGCGAUUCGGCACAUCAAGUCUGGGACAGAAGUCAUUGCGAACCACAAACCCAAAACAUACCUACCUAAUCGUGAUAUCGAGGAACUAGCAGCUAUAUUCCAUGCCAUUGGCAGCCAAGUCGGGCUCUUCUCCCCGAACCGUAUAUUCGCAGACAUCACGCCAUUCAUGGUACCGAAAAAGAAGUACAACAAACCCGCUAGAAAGCUUCGGGAUCUCGUCGAAGCGGAAGAUGUGAUGAACACGUUCGAUGAUGUCAUCACGCACAUCUCAUGGGACUUGGAGCAGGAUCGCGACCCUAACAAUUCCGAGUGCGAAAAGCAAUGGGCAAUCUUGCGACAACGAUUGCGAGUAUGGGAUAUACAAUUCCGGGACAUCGUGAAGAACCUAAUAGGCACAGCCGAAUACACAAGAAACCUAGAAAGAAUCGUCAAUCUGAAAAUUCAGUACAAACUCUGGGAGUUGCUACUAGCCGAGGAGAGCCCUGCAGUCGAUUGCGACAACCAGCCCACUGGCCAACUCGACGCUGUAGAAUGCAGUCUCCUACUCGACGACCUCGAUCGCUUGUGGAGCAAGUCGAAACAACCACUCUACGGACUCAAAACGGAUCUCACCACGGCGUUGUUCCAGCUAUAUGUUUUUUGCGCUGAUGUGGCAGUACGGCGGAGGAUUAUUAGUAUGCUGCGGUCGCGGAGGAGGAGAGAGAUUCUUUGGGAUAGUCUGGAGUUGGCGAAUUUCUUGGAGAGGGAUAUGGCUCGGAGGGCAGCUGGGUACCAGACGGAAAUUUGGCCGGAUAUAGGUCCUUCGCCGGACGAGAGUGCGCUGAUAGUGUUUAGGACUUAG